AUGGAAAAGAAACUUCAAGCAAAAGAUGAAGUCAUUGAAUCCAAAGACAAAAGCAUACAGAAAAGAAUACCGCGUUCAGUACCAAAAGGAAAGGAAAAGAACUAUAAGUAUAUGAUUUAUACUGAAGAGUUGGAGAAUGAAGAAGACAGAGAUAUGGUUAUGUUGCAUUUAGUCAGAAGAAACAACAAAAGCUUUUACGACCUUGCUAAAAUAUAUAAAUCUGACAGAAACUGGUUCUAUCGUGAAAACUUACCGAUUUCAAUGACACCGAAUGAGCAAAUAAAAGAAAUUGUCAAAAAUACUCUUCCUCAAACACACUAUGACAUCAAAGGUUGCACAAUACUUACCUUCAAAGAAGACUUACCAUUACUGAAGGAAAAAAUAACAGAAUAUUUCGAUAACUUCAAAGAGGAAGAAUGA